CUGUACGGUGCAUACAAGCAGGCAACCAAGGGCGAUGUCAAGGGGCACAAGCCCACGUUCUUUGACAUUGCAGCCAGGAGCAAAUGGCAAGCCUGGUCCAACAUGCGCGGCAAGACCCAGGACGAGGCCCAGGACAUCUACGUCGAUCUUGUUGUCAAGGUA